CUCCCCGGCAAACCAACCAAGUUUGCUUGCGUGUAUAUUCAUUUUAGCAUCAAGGUUGAAUCUCAGAGAAAAAGAAACAUCGACAAGCAUGUCUGGAAGAGGAAAGGGAGGCAAGGGUCUCGGAAAGGGAGGAGCCAAACGACACCGUAAGGUUCUGAGGGAUAACAUUCAGGGAAUCACCAAGCCCGCGAUUCGCCGUCUGGCCAGACGUGGUGGCGUCAAGCGUAUCAGUGGUCUUAUCUAUGAAGAAACUCGCGGUGUUCUCAAGAUCUUUCUAGAGAACGUCAUUCGUGACGCUGUCACCUACACUGAACACGCUCGCCGCAAGACCGUCACUGCCAUGGACGUUGUUUACGCCCUCAAGAGGCAGGGGAGGACCCUUUACGGAUUUGGCGGUUAGACAAUUGGGGAUUUCUGCACUGCGUCCUCGAUUAGGGUUUCUUAUAGUGUCAAUUUCGAUGUUUAUAUUCUGCAAUAGUUCUUUAGCUGUAGCUUGAGGUUUAGCAACUGCUCUUGUUUCGCUUUGGGUUGUAGCUAUGAGAACUUUUAAUAUGGUAAUCAAGAUUAACUUGAACUUUUUAUGAUGUGGCCUGGUUAAAUGCAUUGUUUAUUUAUGCCUUCUCGU